UGAUGACAGGAGCCUGACAGUUUGUCUCUCGGCGGCGGCGGCGGCGGCCACGCGGAGGAUUCAUAAACAUUCACCGUACACCACAAACAGCGAAGAAAAACCAGCAGAGUGGUGGAACAGGAGGAUUUAUGGACAGAAAUUUCAAACCAAACACUACAGCAAGAACUGAAGGAGGUACUUGACUCAUCAGGACCUGAAUAUCACCAGCCUUUGAUUGUGAAAGAAGAAAUAUUUGUCUGUUCUGCCUUUUAGAAAAAGUUCCAAGGACUGUUGUGACUUUAAAAACACUGAGACACAGAAUUACCUGAGUGGGAGUGUUCCAGUGUACUGUCUUUGUGGUAAAAGCUGUACCCAGUUACACAACUUAAAACAAACUUCACGACUUUAUUCUGAGGAGAAAGCACACAUGUUCUGAGAUUGUCCAACCUGGAGUGACACAAGGACACCACCGCAAUGGAAAAACAAUGGAAAUGUGAUGAUUGUGGAAUGGGCUUCAGUUACCCAUCCCGGCUGGAAUACCAUCGUCGGAGACACACUGGAGAAAAACCAUGGAAAUGUGAGGAAUGUGGCAAGAGAUUUGAAUCUCAUUACUUGCUAGAAAUCCAUCAACGCAGUCACACUGGGGAGAAGCCAUUCAUCUGUUCCUUGUGUGGGAAAGGAUUUGCACAGUCAGCCAUCCUGACAUUGCAUCAGCGAAUUCACACUGACCACCGGCCCUUCUGCUGCAUUGACUGUGGAAAGAAGUUCAGGCAGUCAUACCACCUCACCGUACACCGGCGGGUUCACACAGGGGAGAGACCUUUCACUUGCUGUGUAUGUGGAAAGGGAUUUAAUGUUUCUUCCCACUUGCUGAAUCACCAGCGAAUUCACACUGGGGACAGGCCAUUCAUCUGCUCCGAGUGUGGGAAGGGAUUCACCGCAUCCUCCCACCUGCUAAAGCACCAACAGGUUCACAGUGAGGAGAGGCCAUUCACCUGCUUGGAGUGUGGGAAGGGAUUUACUCAGUCAGCCAAACUGACAGUACAUCAGCGAAUUCACACAAAAGAGAAGCCAUUCAGCUGCAUCCACUGUGGGAAAAGCUUCAGCUUUUCAUCUGAACUGACUGCACACCAGCGAGUUCACACUGGGGAGAGACCGUUCAAGUGUUCUAUCUGUGGGAAAGCAUUCACUCAGUCAUCCCACUGUCUGAUACACCAGCGAAUUCACAGUCAUGAGAAGCCAUUCAGCUGCUCAUCCUGUGGAAAGAAAUUCAAACUUUCAUGCAACCUCAAAGCACACCAGCGGAUUCACACUGGGGAGAGGCCGUUCACUUGCACUGUGUGUGGAAAGGGAUUCCCUUGGUUACCCAGCCUGUUGAGACACCAGCAAGUUCACAAAUGACUGCAGAGUUUGGAUUGUGCUGUUCACCAAAUCCACACUUGAUAGUCUGACAAUAUUGGGUUUGUCUCUGAUGAUAUUAACAAUCCUCUCUCAGUUCCUAGACAUUAAUAUUUUGGAUAUAACACUGAUUUUCACUCCUUUAAUGUUAAUUUUCAAAUGAGCAAUCUGGCUUCCAUUCAAGAACUUUCAACAGAACCCUGAUUACAGUCAAAUUGUGAAAUUUAAUCAUCAUUGCUGAUUAAUCCUUGCUGACAAUUCUCAUUGUCGUGCAUGUUCUUCAUAGU